GGUUUCCCAACUCUUGAUUACCAAGCACGUUAUAUACUACCACGGCAAUGUCAGAAUUGAUCAGAAGGCGUCUGUUCGCCAUAUUCGAUGAUGACAACCCGGAUCCUGUAACACAUCACUCUAGCUCCGUUCUGGGAAGAGCACUUUACAGCGGAUUGACGAUCCUACCACUUUUACUCACAUGCUACUUGUUCUGGCGUCGAGUCAAAGAAGUCCGCUGGCAGACCAUCCGACACAUUUCAUGGAUACGCUUCCUUGUCUAUUCAAGCUAUCUCGUGUCCAUCGCCUUCUUCGUUGCGUCUAUCGCAAUCUCUGGCGUUGGUAUACAAACGGCUGGUUUCUGUCGGACAGCAAUCUACUUCUGCAUCGCCUUCCUCUUCGUCGGCCGUCUCACAACACAACUUUUCCUCAUCGAAAGAGCACACAUCGCCAACUUGGACUACCUGCGCCGCCGUGAUGACCCCAUCUGGAUUCUAUCUACAGCAUGCGUUGGCGUCUUUGCCACUUUCCUGUUCGUAUGGGCAUUCUUGAACCCCGUGGCCUAUAUCGCAAAUAGCGAUGGUAGGUGCCGCAAAGGCAUCCCACCAGAGGUUGUCGCACCCCUCGAGAUCUAUGAGUGUAUUACCUACAUUAUGCUCACUGGUGUCUUUGUCGUUAUGCUUCGCCGCACAAGACAAUGCGAGCUGUUCCCUUCUGUCCCGGAGCGCUUCACCACAUUUGGCAAGAAGUUGAACCGCUUGAGUCACGUCAACAGACCCGGCAGUGCUAAGAAGAGCGCUGAUAUAGAAGAGGUGGAAAUCGACACCCUGUCCUCUGCGAUCAUCUUGCCCGCCUCAACUCGUCCUUGCAAGUUGCGCGGAUUGGCUUACAAGUCUUUGAUCGGCACCAUCUUGAUCCUUGUUUGGGGUGUCAUCAAUUCUACGAUCUUCUACGUUACUGGUGGACGCGAACAUGUCUGGCUGUGUUUCAUGCAGUGCAAUAUGGAUAUCUUCCUCUCAGUCUGUGUAUUACACUGGCUCACCGCAAACCCCAAGGAGCUCGAACGCAGCAUGAGAGGUACCAGACCUAGUGUCACCGAGCUACCUGUUUUCCUCAGGGGCGACUCGAUUUCUGAGCCUGUGCCUGCUAAGCUCUCCCCUUCAUGCUCUUCCUCCGAUUAGGAGUCCAAGAGACUAUGUAUAUAUUCCUGUCGCAACCUCAGAUCCAUAGAUCAAAGUACUAAUAGAUAGACAAAAAGACAUUUCUGCUGGCCGGAAUUGGCUGAAUCAACAC